AUGUACGAUGCUUACACGGACUACAUACGAUGUAUCAAGUCAGUCAUGUACAUCAUAAUAUACACCACCUUUAGCAUCGUACAUACGAACAUGUUCACCAUCGUACCUCACCUCCCACACCGUAACAUGUUGACGUGCUAUCAUCUCAGUACAUGUUAGUCUCAUACCGGUAUUGUUGUUUGUAUUAUAUCUGUUCUCGUUGUUGAAUGACCUCUUAUAUUGUUAUUCCGGUGAGGCGGGUCCGUCCCGUCCAACAUAACAUAAUAUCUUUCUCCCCACUUUCUCGGUCGAAUGUCCAGAAUCGCAUCUUAUUUUAAUUGUUUAUCAUUCCCCUGAUCUCGAUUGUUAUUGUUGUAUAAUGUCAGAACACUUAGCUGGACAUUCAACGUUUUACUGCACUUACGGGCAUCGUACUCACGGUACGAAUUCCAAUCAAAAACAUGUACCAUAACUUUAUUUAAAUGUGGUAGAGUUCUAUAAUUAUUGCAUAAUAAUAAAAGGUGAUAAGUAUUUCGUUGAAAUAUUGAUGUAAAAUAUACUUUAAAAGUGUCCAAUCGAAAAAAAUAAAAAGGAAAAGAACAAAAAGAACAAUACUAUAAAUUAAAAACUAAAAAAUCACUAAAUUCAGAUUUAAUUAUACUUAUUUUAUAAUUAAAGUCUCAAAAAAACUAUUUUUUGGAGAAAUACUGAUUUAAAUGAGUUUUAUGCGGAAUUUGUGUUUUCGUUUCAGGACCGAACAGCAGAAAGGUUGCUUGCGGCUGUUCGGAAUAACUUUGAAAUUAAGAUUCUGAGUGGCUAGCUAAGUAGCAAAAAUAGGUAAGAAAGUAACAUUAUAAUUAUUUAUAACAAUAUUUAUAUGUUUUUGUUGUUUCUAAGUUUUCCGUUGGCAAAACAUCCGCUUUAAGCCCUGUUUUAUGAACUAUUUAUUGUGUUUUAUUUCUUUUUUAAUUCUGUCUUUUUAGGAAAUCUUGCCAUUAUGGCGAAUGCCAUCGGAAUCGACCUAGGCACAACGUAUUCGUGUGUUGGUGUGUUCUUCAACGACACUGUCAAGAUCUUAGCGAACGACCAUGGUAACUUGACAACGCCAUCGUGUGUUUCCUUUACUGACAGCGACCGUGUGGCAGGAGAGGCAGCUUUUGGUCAAGCUAUUCGUAAUCCUUUAAACACAGUCUUCAGUAAGUUUUUAUUUUAAUAAUAUGUUGAUUUCUGACGUUAAUUUUAAAUUAUUACUGUUUUUCAGUAGAAAUAUGGGUACGAAGUUGAUCGUUUUAUUUUUAGAUGCCAAACGUCUUAUUGGCCGUGAGUUCUACGAUUCUACCGUUCAGUCUGACAUCAAGAACUGGCCGUACAAAGUGGUUAACGACAAUGGCAAUCCAAAGUUUCAAGUCAACUACAAAGGCGAAACCAAGACGUAUCUGCCAGAGGAGAUCUCAGCCAUGGUCUUGACGAAAAUGAAGGAAUCUGCUGAAGCCUUUCUACACGAAGAAGUAACUGACGCUGUGAUCACGGUUCCAGCGUAUUUCAACGACGCCCAACGUCAGUCGACAAAGGAUGCCGCCAAGAUUGCUGGGUUGAAUGUUCUUCGCAUUAUCAACGAACCCACAGCUGCAGCCAUUGGAUUUGGUCCUCAGGGGAAUGUCACUGGCACGAAGAAUGUACUGGUCUAUGAUCUGGGUGGCGGAACCUUUGAUGUUUCUAUUAUGACGAUCAGAGACAAGACCUAUCAAGUUAGAGCUGUUGGUGGAGAUACUCACCUUGGUGGAGAAGAUUUUGAUGACGCUAUGAUGAAGCACAUGAUUGACGAAUUCAGUACUAAAUAUGGCAAGGAUUUGACUAAAAAUGGACGUUCUUUGAGACGUUUGAAGGUGCAGUGUGAGCGCACGAAGAGGGAACUUUAUAUUUAAUGUUAGUUUUGAAGUCGAUUCGUUGUUUGAAGGCGAAGACUUUUACACUACCAUAAGCCGAGCUCGAUUUGAAAGCCUUAUUGUUGGUCGAUUGGAGGAAUCCAUGAAAAUUGUCGAAAAUGUUUUGAAAGAUGCUAAGAUGGAGAAGGCAGAGAUUGAUGAGGUGAUUCUGGUCGGUGGAUCCACUAGAAUCCCAAAAGUUCAGGAAAUGCUGUCAAAGCUGUUCAACGGGAAGCAAUUGAACAAAUCCCUCAACCCUGAUGAAGCAGUAGCGUAUAGAGCUGCUGUACAAGCGGCAAUUCUAUCUGGUGUUCAGUCUGAGAAGUUGAAGAAUGUCAAGAUUGUCGAUGUCACUGCACUUUCUUUGUGUACUGAAGUUGUUGGUGGACACGCCUUAACUGUUAUCAAAAGAAAUACGCCGCUGCCCGUCAAGGUUUCUAAAAACUUUUAUACAGUUUCUGACAAUCAAACAAGUGUUCGGAUUAAUGUAUACGAAGGAGAAAGAGCUAUGGCAAAAGACAAUCAUUUCCUUGAUGAGUUUACUCUUUCUGGACUAAUACCUGCUUCUAGAAGGGCAUAUCCUAUUCAAGAAACCUACGAGAUUAAUGAAGAUGGACUUUUAAAAGUGACUGCUGUUGAUGUCAGGACUGGAUUAAGUAGUAGUAUUACUAUUACUAGUGCCAGAAUGUAUUUGUCGAACGAAGAAAUUCAAAAAUUGAAGGAAAAUGAAGAAAUCUACAAAAGGGAACAUCACGAAUCAUCUCAGACUCAAAGCGCAAGACACAUUUUGGAAAGAUUCUGUUUUGACAAGUUGAGAGAGUUAAAGACAAAGGUACGUUCAUAAAGAAUUAGUUUUUAUAAAAUCUACUGUUUUUUUUUAUAAAAGCACACUUGUGUUGAUGUAUAUGUACCGAAUUUGUUAAACCACAUUAAAAUUACGUUUUCAGAAUUCAGACGAUCAAUCAGAGAACGAUGAAAUCAUGGCCAAAUGUCGCGAAACCAUUGAAUGGCUGGACGCUAAUCAUAUGGCAAAGAGAUCAGAGUUCGAGAAUCAUUUGAAGGAGAUGGAAGAUUUGUGUUCUUGUUUCGAAUCCAGUUUGGUCGUCCUUUAA